AAGUCAAAUGUUUGUUAUUAUUACAUGCACUGGGGCUUGUAGUCUAGUGACCCUCCAUCUUUUCACAUCAUUUUUAUUUCUAUUUUCCCACAACAGAGGCUGUGAAAGCUGUGGAUUUGGAAAGAUACAUUCAAGAUAUCCCUCCGAGAUCUCAGAUAUCAGGUGCAAAAUGUCCUACGUGUUCAUCAGUGACUCCCUGCAGACCACGGUGCCUCUGCUGCAGGCCUGUAUCGACGGGGACCUCGCUCACACUAAACGGCUCCUGGAGUCCGGAUCCGACCCCAACACCCGGGACUGCCGCGGACGCACCGGAUUGCAUCUGGCUGCCGCUCGGGGGAACGUGGAGAUCUGCUCUCUGCUGCAUAAGUUUGGUGCUGAUCUGUUGGCCACCGACUCACAGGGCAACACGGCACUGCACAUGUGUGGGCAUGUAGAGACCAUCCAGUUCCUGGUGUCCAACGGCCUCAAGAUUGACAUCUGUAAUCACAACGGAGGCACUCCUCUGGUGCUGGCCAAGAGACGCGGUGUGAAUAAAGACGCGCUCCGUCUGCUGGAGGGGCUGGAGGAACAGGAAGUGAAGGGCUUCAACCGCAGCUCCCAUACCAGUCUGGAGAAGAUGCACAUGGCUGAGAAUGAAAGUGCCAUGGAGAGCCACACUCUUCUCAACCCACAGCUGCAUCACAGCGAUGGCGUGUUGUCCAGCUUCCGCACUACAUGGCAGGAGUUUGUGGAAGAUCUUGGCUUCUGGCGAGUGCUCUUGCUGCUCCUCGUCAUUGCUCUGCUCUCACUCGGCAUUGCGUAUUACGUCAGCGGCGUCUUACCUUUCGCAUCUAAUCAGCUGGAGCUUGUGCACUAAUAUGAAAGCUCAUUAAAAACAUGUUUUUUUUGCAUUUGCAUAAGCUGAUGAUUGUUUCUACAGUAACCACGCUUUAAAUUGUAAUCAUACAUUAUGUGACUGAAUUCUAAAAUAUUUUUGUGUAUAUUAAUGUGAAUAGACCUUUCAUGUUUUGUUUUGUUUUAUUUUGAUUGUGUGCUAGGAAGAAUAUUUGUAUUGCCUUUUCUGCAUCCGUUCAUGCUGUCGUUUCUGUACCAGCCCACAUCAACACCUUUAUUAUUUUAUUUAAAUUACUGGAUUUACAAAUUUAAAGUUUUGUGAUUGCACAAAGUGUUUAUCAUGCACAUACUCUGAGUAUGUGAAAUUAGUUUAGGGGCAUUUCUACAGUUUGGUGGAUUUUAUGUCCCCAUGAAACAAUAUUGAUUUUAUGUAAAUAUUAACUCACUUUAAUGCACACAUGGUUUUCCAUAGAUUAACAAAAAAUAAUUAUAAUAGUGAUAAAGCACUUAACAGACAUUUCCCAUGUCACCAAUCAUGUUUUCUCAACUACAUUUGGAAAUAAAGGACACAUAUACAUUUAUAAAUGAGCAAUUGUGAGUAUUAUGUGCAUCUAUGUAUUCUCUUUAAUGCGAAAUACAGUUUAUCAUGAUACAUAUUUUGGUAAAACAUGUGUAAACACCACUGAGAUCAGUGUAUUACAUAUGUAUUUAAAUAACAUUUAGACAUAUAAAGCAUUUUUAUCUAGUAUAAAUAAACAAACAUAUACAUACGUUUUUCCGAAAAUGCUGAUCUUCUGCUUGCAUGGUGUUCUUUUCAAGCUUUAAUGCGCUUCAUUGUAAAGAUUUCAUAAGUGUGAAAUGAAAAGUAUUUGAUCAGGGUAGGUUAUACUACCCCAAACAUUUUUUUUUUUACAAAGCUGUAUUAAUGGCUCUUAAUUUCGCCACUUUAGCGAUUGCAUAAAUAUACAAUUUAAUAAAAUAGACUGCAUAAAUCCAGUUUAUGAAUGUAACACUGCAU